AUGUUGAAUAUUUUGUCAAACUCUGUAAAAACCUUUGUUUUCUCUGCUAAAAAGCAGUCCAGAUGUAUAGCUUCAUUAUCAGCUUUAUCCGAUACCUAUCAGAUGUUGUAUAAAACAUGCCGUGAUUUUGCUGAAGGAGAAUUAAAGCCGCAUGCCGCAAAAUAUGACAAAAAUCACGAGUACCCCACAGAGGCAAUUAAAAAAAUGGGUGAUUUGGGCCUCAUGGCAAUAGCAACGCCGGAGGAGUUAGGUGGAGCUGGUCUGGACUAUCUGGCAUAUGCCAUUGCAUUGGAAGAAAUAUCGCGAGGCUGUGCUUCAGCUGGAGUAAUUAUGUCCGUCAACAACUCCUUGUACCUUGGCCCUAUAAUGCAUUGGGGUACUGAUAAACAAAAAAAGGACUUUGUGACACCAUUUUGUAUGGGAGACAUUGUUGGUUGCUUCGCUUUGUCUGAGCCUGGAAAUGGAUCAGAUGCUGGAGCUGCAUCCACGACAGCGAAAGAUGGAGGGGACAGGUGGAUUCUUAAUGGGACAAAAUGUUGGAUUACAAACGGCUAUGAAAGCUUAGAGUUGGGCAAAAAGGAAGACAAACUUGGUAUAAGGGGAUCAUCCACGUGUUCACUUAUUUUUGAAGAUUGUGAAAUACCUAAGGAUAGUAUUUUAGGUGAACCAGGCUUUGGAUUCAAGAUAGCAAUGAUGACUUUAGAUGCAGGAAGAAUUGGGAUAGCAUCUCAGGCUUUGGGUAUAGCACAGGCAUCAUUGGAUGUUGCUGUAGAGUAUGCAUCAAAGAGAAUAGCUUUUGGUAAACCAAUUUCUAAGCUGCAAACCAUUCAGAACAAAUUAGCGGACAUGGCACUGCAAUUGGAGUCUGCAAGGCUGCUUACUUGGCGUGCAGCAUGGUUGAAAGAUAACCAAAAACCAUACAUAAAAGAGGCAGCUAUGGCUAAGUUAGCUGCAUCUGAAGCUGCUACAUUUUUAUCACACCAGUGUAUCCAGAUUCUUGGAGGUAUGGGCUAUGUAACAGAUAUGCCAGCAGAGAGACAUUAUAGAGAUGCCAGAAUUACUGAAAUAUAUGAGGGCACUUCAGAAAUACAAAGGCUUGUAAUUGCUGGUCAAGUUCUGAAAGAGUAUAGUAUG